UCACAACAUUCUCCUGCAACCUCACAACUAGUAUUUCCUCUCUCUCUCUCUCUCUCUCUCUCUCUCUCUCUCUCUCUACAGUUUUCUAGGAAUCAAUGGCAGACGCUCAUAUGGGGGAAGAAACAGAGACGUUCGCGUUCCAGGCGGAGAUCAACCAACUCCUCAGCCUCAUCAUCAACACUUUCUACAGCAACAAAGAGAUCUUCCUCCGUGAACUCAUCAGCAACUCCUCUGACGCGCUGGAUAAGAUACGGUUCGAGAGCUUGACGGACAAGAGCAAGCUCGAUCCUCAGCCGGAGCUUUUCAUUAGGAUCGUACCUGACAAGGUGAAUAAGACCCUCUCCAUCAUCGACAGCGGCGUUGGAAUGACUAAAUCAGAUUUGGUGAACAAUCUGGGGACAAUCGCUAGGUCCGGGACGAAGGAGUUCAUGGAGGCGUUGCAGGCAGGGGCUGAUGUGAGCAUGAUUGGUCAGUUUGGUGUUGGAUUUUACUCGUCUUAUUUAGUUGCUGAAAAGGUCAUUGUGACAACCAAGCACAAUGACGAUGACCAGUACGUCUGGGAGUCUCAAGCUGGUGGAUCAUUCACUGUUACGAGGGAUGUUAAUGGAGAGCCUCUGGGAAGAGGAACCAAAGUUACUCUAUUCCUCAAGGAAGAUCAGUUGGAGUUCUUAGAGGAAAGAAGGUUGAAAGACCUUGUGAAGAAGCAUUCUGAGUUCAUCAGUUACCCUAUCUACCUCUGGACCGAGAAAGCCACCGAGAAAGAAAUCAGUGAUGAUGAAGAGGAGGAAACCAAGAAGGAAGAGGAAGGUGCUGUCGAGGAAGUGGACGAGGAGAAAGAAAAAGACACCAAGAAAAAGAAGAAGAUCAAGGAGGUGUCUCAUGAGUGGGAACUUAUCAACAAACAGAAACCAAUUUGGAUGCGAAAACCUGAAGAAGUCACAAAGGAAGAGUAUGCCGCAUUCUACAAAAGCUUAACCAAUGAUUGGGAAGAUCACCUUGCUGUGAAACACUUUGCUGUUGAAGGGCAGCUCGAAUUCAAGGCCAUCCUCUUUGUUCCAAGGAGGGCACCAUUUGAACUUUUCGACACAAGGAAAAAGAUGAACAAUAUCAAGCUUUAUGUCCGAAGGGUGUUCAUAAUGGAUAAUUGCGAAGAGCUUAUUCCCGAGUACUUGAGUUUUAUUAAGGGUGUUGUCGACUCUGAUGAUCUUCCGCUCAACAUUUCGCGAGAAAUGCUUCAACAAAACAAAAUCUUGAAAGUGAUUAGGAAGAACCUUGUGAAGAAGUGUAUUGAGAUGUUCAAUGAAAUCGCCGAGAACAAGGAGGAUUACAACAAGUUCUACGAUGCUUUUUCCAAAAACAUCAAGUUGGGAAUUCAUGAAGAUAGCCAAAACAGAGCUAAGCUAGCAGACCUCCUCCGCUAUUACUCAACGAAGAGCGGUGAUGAGAUGACAAGUUUGAAGGACUACAUAACUAGAAUGAAGGAGGGUCAAAAGGACAUUUACUACAUCACUGGGGAGAGCAAAAAAGCUGUUGAGAAUUCGCCGUUCUUGGAAAAACUCAAGAGGAAAGGUUAUGAAGUGCUUUUCAUGAUUGAUGCGAUUGAUGAGUACGCGGUUGGGCAACUGAAGGAAUACGACGGGAAGAAACUGGUUUCAGCAACAAAAGAAGGGUUGAAAAUCGAGGAUGAAUCAGAAGAAGAGAAGAGGAGAAAGGAGGAAAAGAAGCAGUCAUUCGAGAGUCUUUGCAAAGUGAUCAAGGACAUUCUGGGAGACAAGGUGGAGAAGGUGGUGGUUUCCGACAGAAUCGUGGACUCCCCAUGUGUUUUGGUCACCGGUGAGUACGGUUGGACUGCUAACAUGGAGAGGAUAAUGAAGGCUCAGGCUUUGAGGGACAACGCCAUGAGUUCAUACAUGUCUAGUAAGAAGACGAUGGAGAUUAAUCCGGACCAUGGCAUAAUGGAGGAGCUGAGGAAGAGAGCGGAGGCAGAUAAGAACGAUAAGUCUGUCAAGGAUUUGGUGCUGCUGAUUUACGAGACAGCGCUGUUGCAAUCCGGGUUUAGCCUUGAGGACCCGAACACGUUUGCUGGGAGAAUUCAUAGGAUGCUGAAGUUAGGGUUGAGCAUCGAGGAGGAUGAGACUGGUGAUGAGGAUAUUGAGAUGCCUGCUUCGGAGGAGGGGAAUGAGGAGAGCAAAAUGGAGGAAGUUGACUGAAAAUGGGAGGGGUCCACCAAUAUAAGUACAUGAAGUCUGUGUGUGAAAUCUGAAUAGGUAGUUCUUUUGUUGUUCUAUUGUUAGUUUGUUUUUGUUCUGCUGCUGUUGGUUUGGGAGUCCUUUCAAGUUGUGUCAUGUGCAGUAUAGCUGGAAUGUAAAUCUUUUGCGAGUUCGUAUA